AACAACCAGCAAUUGAUAAGUGGCUAAGCAGUGGAAUAGUUGAAGUAACUAAUUUGGAUAAUGGAAUGAUAGGAAUGUUGCAAGUAAAACCAACAUUUAAUCUGCAAAACCUUUUCAGACAUUCCAAAGAGACACUACUAUUUGAUAGAUCUAAUUCAUCAUAUUCCGAAUCAGAUACAAACAAUUUGAGCAAAUCAUCG